AUGUCACCCUCCUAUAGCGACAACGGCGUCAACACUCACCCGGUAUCCUUCCCCAACUCAAGGCCAACCAAGAUAGUCCGCUCCACCAGCGACCGCUCGCUCCCCCCCGGCACCCUCGCCCGCGAGAACCUCACAGUCUUUCCGCCAUCAGCCACAGCCCACCCAGCACAACUCCCAGAACAUUCCUUCCUCCCCAUUGAAACCACCCGUCAACUUGCCCCCGGUGUUACUAAGGCGCAAGCUCUCCUCUCCCAGGCCGGAACCACACAAUACAAAUACGUUGGCCCAAAGACAACGGUCAACCCCUACCUUGACCUCGUCCCCGAAAACCCCCCCAGCCUCUCCAGCAAAGAGUCUCCAUCAUCCAUCAUCCCUUUCACUGGAGCAGAGCCGGAGGACCCAGACGGGGCACUCAAGCGCGGAGAGAGGGUUAGACAGAGAGCCCUUGAGAAACUCCAGCAGCAGAGGGAAGAACAGCUCGCCAAAGUGACCCUGUUUCCUUCUCAGAAAAAGAAGGUUCAGAGGCCGCUGAAGAAGCACGAGCAGCGCCGGGAGGAUGCCUACGAGCGGGAACAACUGACUAGAAAGGCUAGUGGUGAAGAUUGGGCGAGGAAGCAUCACCACCCCGAGGUUGCGAAAAGAGAGCUCAGGGAGCAGCAAGAGCGGGAGCGGGUAGAAGAAGAGAAGAGGCUCGAGGGGGAACGGAGACGGGAGAUUGCGAGGGACCGGAAGGACUUUGAUGCUGUCACUGCUAGGGAGUUGGAGAGGAAGGGGUAUGCUUAG